AAUUAAUAAUACAGUCGACUCUCGUUAUUUCGAAAUUCAAGGGACUCUUAAAAUAUUUCGAAUUGUCGAGUGUUUAACCAUAUGAGUACGAAUUACCGCGUCUUAGCAAUGAUUUUUAGUUCGAAUUACUGAGUGAUAACUUUGAAUUAAUGAGAGGUUCGAAAUAACGAAAUAAAUAAUACGAUAGUUUUCAAAUCAUCGCAUUAAAUGUAAAAUAUUUAAUAAAAUAAGUAUUUUGAAUUCAACAAAAGUAAGAAGAAUACUCUAGCCGAUAGUCGUCAAGUAGCAAUCGAUAUUAAAGUAGUCGCAAUCGAUUCCAAGUACACAAAAUAAAGAUAAGCCUAGUCUAAAAGCCAUUUCCGCUGGGUUCAUUCCCAUUUUAAUUUUAUUUACCAUAUAUUGCCAACCGUCAUUUAAAAAUAACAGCGAAAUAAGGACAGCGUAAUUGGCGAACUGCAAUCAAAGCAUAAAAACAACAGCAAGCUCGCCACGUCAGUGGGAGUGAGCGAGAAGCAACACCAGCUAAGUGCAGCUGCGAUUAAGACCAAACCCCAGAACGUUAACAAACGGCUUUUGUGGCAACUGUUCACUCCCCCAGCAAUGUUAAAUAACUUUAAAAACCGCUUUAUAUCGGCCAUAGAGCCAGAUCUGAGCUCUGCCGAUCUGUUGCCAGAUAAGUUUCCCUAUGGACGGCCUCCAUUCUUACAGCUGCUCACUGCCGACGAAUUACGUGCCUCUGCUAAUCAUAAUGUUCGACCGAUUAUUGUGCCGCGCGACCUAAACUUAUUGCCCUGGGGCACAGGUUAUGCCGAGUGCAUAAACUCUGGCAAAUCCAAGUGGAAUGAAGAUCAAGCUGCCUUUUGUCGACAAGUGCUGACGGAUCCGGAAAAAAAGUAUCCCGAUCUGCCCUAUACGUAUUUUGGAAUCUUCGAUGGCCAUGCUGGCUAUGGGGCCGCAUUAGCCGCCUCUUAUCAAUUUCAUGAUAUACUACACGAGAUGCUGGUGGACUGCAGCGAGCUGUUGCUGCCACGCGAUGAGGUGAACGACAACAGCAAAUCUCAUCAAAAUCCGACAUUUCCGCAUCCGACCUACUUUCAGCGGCGGGUCAGCAGGGAUGAACUUAUUAUCGGCGCACUAGAGAGCGCCUUUUUCCAUAUGGAUUGGCUAAUAGCACAAGACAGGAACUACUACAGAGAUGCAGGUGGCUGCACGGCCUGCGUCACACUCUUUAUUGAUGGCAAAAUGUAUGUGGCUAAUGCUGGUGAUAGUCGUGCUGUGCUCUGUCAGAGACGAGCGGGAGCUGGAGUCGCAGCUAGCGUAAUGCAGUCAACAGCAGACCCCAAUAAAACUCAGACGAACCCGAUGGACGUCGAUAACAGUUACCCGACGGCCUAUUCUGCCGAUCAUACGCCGGAAACAGAACGUGAACGUUUAAUGAACGUGGCACGCUUGAAGCCCCAGCUAAUGGGCCAACAUUAUGUGGCCAUGGAAUAUGCGAAGCGGCCACAUAUUACAGACAUGGGAAAACGUAUACUAUGUCGCCAGGGCACCAUGAAGGGUUGGUCAUACAAGACGUUGACGCGCAAUGAUCUGCGCAUACCUGUGGUUAACGGCGAAGGUAAACGCAGCCGAUUGCUGGGCACGCUUGGCGUAACUCGUGGCUUUGGUGAUCAUGAUUUAUUAGCCAUUAAUACAGGCGUACAAAUAAAGCCAUUCCUAACGCCACAUCCCGAUGUGCGACAGCGUGAUCUCAGUCAGGUUGUUAGCAUACCCGAUGAACACAACGAGGAUGGUGAUUAUGGUAUACUCGUAAUGGCUACCGAUGGACUCUGGGAUGUGUCUGAAAAUGAUGCCGUCUCACGCAUCGUCUUCCAAAUGUUGUCACGUUACCCCAAGGAGAAGCAUCGUUAUACAAUGGCCGCCCAGGAACUGGUAGCACGCGCCCGUGGAAAAAUCAACGAUUCUGGUCAUUGGCGCCUAGCGGACAGCAAAGCUGCGGCUACUGUCGAUGAUAUUUCAGUUAUUGUGAUUCCAGUUUAUCAGUAUUACAAAGAGCAUAUUGACUGGACGCACAACGAUACGCGUGAACUUGAGAGGCGACGGCGCAAGGCAGCCGAAGACAAUAUGGCCCAGGAAGCAGUAAAUGAUUUUAAUGACAUUGCUGCUGAAGAGGCGCAUGUUGUGGAAGAACGACCGCAGCAAGUAAUCGCAAAGGCGGAACAGGUGAUUGCAGUGCCGAACCAAGAAGAGGAACGGCAGAAGGAAGAUCAGCAUGUUCUGUCUGAAUCAGAGGAAACUCUUGUUGAGAAACCAAACGAUAACACACCACUUCAGGCGCGCCUCAAAACAGUUACCGAAACACUUCAGCAAGUACAGCUGGAAGCCCGUGCAAAAGCAACAUUGGAGGAGAAUACAGAGCUGUCAGCAGAAGCAACGUCAACUGUAACAACAACCACAUCAGCAAAUAAACAACGCAACAAUCGCAAAGGGAAAGGCAAUAAGCAGUAGAGAGAGAAUGCGAUAAUCUAUAUAUUAUUAUAAUAUAUAUAAAUAUAAAGUAUAUAUACAAUAUAUAUAUAUAUAUAUAUAUAUAUAUAUAUAUAUAUAUAUAUAUAUAUAUAUAUAUAUAUAUAUAUAUGUUUUCAGAGGGGAAUUUCAGUUAGGUUCAAGAACGUGCAUUGUACAAUAAUUUUAGUGUAUGAAUAGAUUUGUUUUUGCUUUUUUUUUUUAUCGUCAUUCGUAUAUCUCAAUUUAUGUAUAAACACAAACGUAUUCUUUGAAAAUAUAAUAAAGAGACGCAAAGACCAAUUAAAAACAAGUAAGAAGGCUCUAGUCGACUGCUGCACUAGGAGAUACCUUGAACCCUCCAAGGUGAUAUUCCAAUCAUUCUGCACUUCUUUUA